GGAGGCGUUGGAGGGGGGCGAGAGGUACGGGGCCAAGGGACAAAGAGGCUGAGAUGGGCGGACAGAGUCGGGGAUGGGCGGACAGACCGCCGAGUUGGCUGCGCGGGGCUCCUGGUACUGUGUAGGACGGUCGGGUCUCCAGCGGCUCCCAAGGCUCUCGGGGCACUCGGCUUCGCACACAGCCCCGAGGAUCGGGGGCGCUUCGAGGGAGGGGAAGCGGAGCCCCCAUAGUGGGGGACGGACACACGGUGACCCCUCUCUCCUCACUGUCUGUCUGUCCCCGGGACCGAGGGUCCACAACAGGCUUAUCUUCGGCGUCCCGUCGGAUCCAGGAUUUGCUUUCGGGGCUCCCCCGCUGGAACGGGUCCUCCCCGCCCGCCCCCAUGUGCCGCUAGCUCCUCCGGGAAGAGCCGGAGAAGGACGAGGAAAGGCUCAGGAAAGGGCCGGGAAAGGAAGGAUCUAUUUCGGGCUGUCGGAGUGGGCGGCCCAGUAGCCUUGAAGCCCUCGAGAUGCCGCGACGCUGUGGGCGGGGGGCCCUGGUGCCCCAGGGCUGCCGAGCCCCAGGUUCUGCACUCCAGGACACCCGGGUAGAUCCUCCAGCCACCACCUGUCCGGCUCCGAGGCCCUGGAGAUUGGAAUAGGGAUGGUGCCAGCUGUUUCCCAGUCAGACGAGAGGCUGAGGACCUCUGCCCCGGGCCACAGCAGGGACAGGGAAAACCCCGGCGAGGACACUUACCAUGCCUGGCAGGAACCAUCCCGUGUGUCACUGCUUCCCAGAAAUAUCCUCUGUCCUGGGUGUCCUAGGGAUGUCUCUGCUCUAGGCCAGGCCAACUUCUUCAGGAGCAGGUCCUCAUGAUGGUUGUGGUUCCAGGGAGGAACACUGAUGCUUUGCCAAGUCCUCAUCCCCAUGGCCUUUUCUGUCCUGGCUGAUGACCUCGACCUGAUUUGAUACUCCAGAGCCCCAGGCUGGAGGGAGGUGGCAGUGGGACCACACCCAUCCCUGACAGGUGACAAAGUGUCCCGUGGGACCAUCUGCACCAGGGGGAGGAGACAGAAGGGACCGUCCAGGAAGGUCGUCGUCCUGGAGAGCACCAGCGAGCAGAGUGGGAUAAAUACAAACACAAGGGAUGAAUGCAAACGCCCUGCAGCAUCGUCUGCAGGCUGCCCUGUGGCUAAGCACCACAUCCAGGGGCAGACCCCAGGUCGAGGGUACCGUGGGGUGUGGGGGAGUCACUGCUGUCUGGUUUGGGGGUCUCUUUGCAGGGGUGUGGUGCCUCUCCCAGCCCCCACCCCAGCCUGAUCUUGCAAGCCCUGUCCAGGCCCCAUGCCCAGUCCUGCCUGGGGAAGCUGGGGAAGCAGCGGGCUGGGACAGAAGCUGAUAAGGAGCAGCGUCCUGCACUCCCCAUCUGUCCUUCCCUCACUCCCCUCGGAUGUGGCCAGGGCAGGAAGCAGUGCCCAGCAGAGGCAGGGCAGCCUUGGUGCAUCUGCUGCCAGACCCAAACCUGUGGUGCUGCCAGGAGCCCCCCACACCCCCACUGCCAGUGCCUCACAGCCUCCAGCAGGACAUUUUAGAGCUAGCUCUCUUCUCUGGGAUUUUACCCCAGCACCCCUUGCCAAACCCUCGCUUCCAUGGCAUGUCCAUUUUUCUGGGUCCAGAACCCCAAACCCAAGCACAGGGGGUCGGUGAGGGUGGUCCCUGGGCUCAGACACCUGCUGUCCCCACACGCAUCCUCCUGCGGUGGCUGCCUGUGAUGGGGGGAAAUGGCAAGUGGGGACCCCCCACCCCCACAGGAGCCCCUUCCCAGAGGCAGCACUGGUGUGUUCUGGCACAGAAGGGGUUCCCUCACUCCCAGCCCUGCAGCUGCUGAGUGGCCCCUUGUAAAUAUUUGAUUUCCUCUGAGUGUUGUGCCCAGCAGAGGCAGCUCUGCACGGGGGGUCCCAGCUGCUCAGCCCCUGAGCCCAGCUCAGAGUCCUCUGAGCCCCGGGGUCCCUGUCCAGGCCUCAGUGGGCAGUGGGGUCCAGGCUGUGCUUUUGUCGGGGCAAGAGGUGAAGGGAGGACGGGGGGGAAUGUGGGUAAUGGUGGGAUUUGGAGCUUCUGGGGCUGCUCCUUCUUGCCUGGCCAAAAGGUCACUGCAGGGAGACCCCCCCCACCACCACUGGAGGGGUCAUACCUGGCCACAGUGAGCCAGGGUGCAGCCAGGAGCACCCUGUGGCUGUGAGCACCCAGGUAGCAGGGACAGCAGGGCAGCAUCGGCCUGGGGGCUCUUGGACCCUGGUGAGCAGGGGGAGUACCCGGGAAAAGGGGAACAUGUUUGGGAACAGCACCCGGAGCAGUGUGGGCAGGUACGUGGCGAGGGACAGCUGGAGUGGGACUGGCACAUCAGGCUCUCGCGUGGCACCACUGUGGAGCAGAGGUGACUUUGUCACCUCUCAGAGGAUGUGGGAAAGGCUGGUGACUCCUCAGGGUCUCAGAAUGUCAUGCUGAGGCCUCAGCACGUGUCUGCAGAGCCGACGCCUCUGGGGCUGACACGGUCCCUCGGGGACCAGUGAGAACAAACAGCAGCGAGUUUUCACUCUUGGCUCAUGGAAAAAGCUGGGCCCACCCUCACAGUGAUUCAGCAGCGUGCUCCGCCAGCCCCCCACGCAGGACAGGACAGGGAUGGGGCCGAGCCACCACCGCCAUCCCUGACCCCUUCCCUGCUCCCAGGGCUGCAGGUCCUGGGACAUGGCCAGUGCUGGGGCACGGGCAGGGCGCUGGCACCCGCGCCCCGUGUGUCACCGGGAUGAGGCCCCAGAGGAUGUUGCAAUGCCUGGCCCCAUCCCAGCCCGGCCGGGCUGUGGGAUCAGCGCCUGCCUCGGGUGUGUGCAGGGGCUCCCCCCCUGUGGCCACCCUCGCACCAGGGGCCGGGGAGGGGUUGGCAGUGAGGGGUGUCUGGGGGAGGGACAGGGCGUGGGGCCCAGGGUCAGGCCAGCGAUGGACCAACGGCCAGGGCUGGCAAUGGUCAGAGCUGGUGUGAGGUUUAACUUCUAUGAGGGACAGAAGACAGGUGGCAGUGCCACCGUGCACAAGGGAGGCUUUGCAGGGGGGGCGUGUUGAGGUAGGGCUGGGCAUCCCACUGGGCAUUCUCCUGGGGCCACUGGGCUGAGGAGCAUGUCAGCCAGGAAGGUGGGCUGGGGCAAGAGGGGUGGCAAGAACAUCCACAGCCUGGAGAAAUGGGUCCCGGGAGGAGAGGAGUGGUGUGGUCCCUGUGGGGGGUCUGUGCCCCAGGUUGUCCAGCCCCUGCUGUCUCUGUCCUGUCCCAUCUCAUCCUAUUUGCAACCUGGACUAAUUUGCAAUGGAGAGCCAUGUAGGGCCAGGAGCUGGACUUGAUGAACCUUGUGGGUACCUUCCAACUCGGGAUAUCCCCUGAUUCUGUGAUUUCCAGAUGCUUCCCGGGCCAAAUGAGGCAGAGUGGCACUGACCAGGCUGUCCACCACCACAGCCAUCCCUGUCACCCCUUGUCCUGGUGCCAAACCCACAGCUCCCACUGUGAGGGAUGCCAGGAAGGCAGAGCUGGUCUGUCACCUACAUUGGCUGUGGUUUGGACACUUUGCCAGGGUUGCAGCACAGCCUCAAACCUGUACCUCAGGUUUCCCAGCACACUGGAGGAAUGGGGCAUCUUCACAAUGAGCCAGGGCUUUACGCUCAGGGACAGGCAGAGUGUCAGGGUCAUGCCCUGGUGCAGCCACUCUGUGCCUGCAUCCUUCAGAGUGUGUCCCCCACUGUGAUGGAGGGUGAUGGCCCAGGGAUCUCUAGCUAUGUCCCCCCGGGGCAGGAGGGAGCCAGGCUGUCACUGCUGAGUUUCCCCCCACACCCUCUGUGCUGGGAUUCAGACUCGUGGCUGCAGCCCCACGUGGCUCCUGGCCCGGGACAGUUAAUCCCAGCAGCUGUAGGGCUGCAGCCCUCGGCACCCUCUGCAGAUGAGCCGGGUCCCGCCCUGGUGUCCCUCUCCACAGCCCCUGGAGGACCCCAUAUCUGCAGGCUCAGGAGGGAUGAUGAGUGGGCCUGGCCAUAGGGAGCAGCCCUAAAUUCCCUGUGUUCCCCCUGCAGGGCAAGGCAGGAUUGGUGCUGGCAGCGGCGGGGGGCUUCAGCCAUGGAGCAGAGCCAGGCGGGGGCCUGAGGCUGCUGGAAGGAGCAGGAGGGGGUACAGGACAUGGAGCCCCCCAACAGCAGCACGGCCGGGCAGGCGGACUCAUGCUUCGGGGUGUUCAAUGCCAGUGAUGGCCGUGCCAGCGCACAGAACAGCAUCGCCUCUCCCUGGUUCUCCACGGCCUUCGGCCUCAUCGGCCUCUGCUCCAACCUCUUUGCCCUCUGCGUCCUGGUCAGCUCCUCCCGCAAGCUCUCCAGCCAGGCCCGCUCCUCCUUCCUCAUCUUCCUCUGUGGGCUGGUGGUCACAGACUUCAUGGGGCUGCUGGUGACAGCCUCGGUCAUCAUCCCCUACCACUUCACCAAGUUCUCCUGGGCCGAGGUCGACCCUGGCUGCCACCUCUGCAACUUCCUCGGCUUCUCCAUGGUCUUCUUUGGGCAGUGCCCACUGCUGCUGGGGGCCACCAUGGCCGGGGAGCGCUUCCUGGGCAUCAACCGCCCCUUCUCCCGCUCCACCAGCCUCUCCAAGCGCCGUGCCUGGGCCAUCGUGGGGCUGGUGUGGGGCUUCUCCUGCUUGCUGGGACUGCUGCCGGUGUUCGGGCUGGGGCGCUACACGCUGCAGUUCCCCGGCUCCUGGUGCUUCCUCACCCUCCUGCCCGACACUGGCGACAUAGUCUUCUGCCUGCUCUUCGCUCUGCUGGGCAUCCUCUCCGUGCUGCUCUCCUUCGCCCUCAACACCGUCAGCGUGGUCACGCUCUGCCGCGUCUACCACGACCGCGAGUCGGUGCAGCGGCGCCGUGACAGCGAGGUGGAGAUGAUGGUGCAGCUCGUGGGCAUCAUGAUCAUCGCCACCAUCUGCUGGAUGCCCCUCCUGAUCUUCAUUGUCCAGAUGGUCCUGCAGCACCUGCCUGGCCAGGCCCAGGUGCUGCCCACGGACACACAGGAGAUGCUGCUGAUCUACAUCCGCAUGGUCACCUGGAACCAGAUCCUGGACCCCUGGGUGUACAUCCUGUUCCGCCGGGCCGUGCUGCAGCGUGUGUACCCCCGGCUGCCCCCCCGGCCCUCCAUCGUCUCCCUCAGCCCCUCCCUGCCCCGCAAGCUCACCGCUGGCUCUGUCCUGCAGUAGCACCCUGGGGACAGGCACUGGGCAGGGGGACAUGGCCAUCGCCCCACCUCACCCACGGUGGAUCCUCAUCACCCGCAUCCAGGGGCUUCCCCCCCACAAGCCCGAUAGCCAAGGGGCUGUCAGGGGGCUGCUUCCCCCUCCCCGUCCCCAAUAAAGUCAGCCUGUGCAGCUCUUGGUGCCCACUGGGCUGACAAUUGUCUGCUGGCAAUCAG